AUGAUCUCAGAUUAUCUUUCCAGACAUCCGCACGCGAGACACGCGACAAACACAGUAGCCGAACAAUAUAUCAGUUUUAUCACUGAUAACACUUUGCCAGAUGCAUUGAAACUAUCAGACGUAGCUAAAGCUACUAAAUCAGACUGUGUAUUAAGUUGUGCCAAGAAUGCAAUAGAAACAAAUGACUGGAAAAAUCAGAAAUGCCAAUCCGAUGAAAGUUUUCGUUUAUACGAAAAUUUAAACAAGAAUCAAGAACUUGCAGUUGCAUAUACCGAUGAAGGAUAUGUGUUGUUACGGGGUACACAGCUUUGUAUACCAGAAACUUUGCAAAAACAAACAGUGUUACUUUCGCACGAGGGUCACCAAGGCCAAUCAAAGUGCAAAGGAUUACUUCGGGAAUAUUGUUGGUUCCCGCAUAUGGAUAAAAUGGUUGAAGAAGCAUGCAAAUCAUGCAUUGUGUGCCAAGCUGCAUCACCAGGAUGUACUCCAGAUCCGAUAAAACCAACACCUCUGCCACGAGAUGUGUUUUCUGAAGUCAGUUGUGACUUUUGUGGACCAUUCCCGGACGGGUACCUGUUAUUAGUGGUAAUAUGCGAUUAUAGUCGUUUUCCAAUAGUUGAGAGAGUCAGGUCAACAUCCGCAGAAACUGUCAUACCGCGUUUGGAAUCAAUAUUUUCGAUAUUUGGAUAUCCAGACGUAUUGAGAACGGACAAUGGACCUCCAUUUCAGAGUCGUACUUUCAGAGAAUAUGCUGAUAAGUCGGGAUUUAAACAUAAACGAAUUACUCCAUUGCACCCACAAGGAAAUGCAAUAGUCGAGCGAUUCAUGGCACCAUUGCAAAAAUCAGUCAAAACCGCAAUAGCAUCAGGUCAGGAUUAUAAGAGAGCGUUGAAUAGAUAUCUAAUGAAUUUUCGCAAUUCGCCACAAUCUUCAACACAAAAAGCUCCUAGUGAAUUAAUGUACAAUCGGAAAGUAAAAACGAAAUUACCAUCAAUGACAUUUGAAAAGCAAGAUACAGAUGUUCGCGACAGGGACAGUCUGUCAAAAUCGAAAAACAAACUUUAUGCGGACAAAAACAGAACAGCACAGCCAAGUGCAUUGAAAAUUAGAGACCGUGUGUUACUAAAACGAGAACAACGUAACAAAUUUGAGACAGUGUUUGACCCUACACCUGGCAUUGUCAUUGCUAGGAAAGGUUCAAUGCUAACAAUCAAGCACAGAGGAAAGGAAAUUACACGAGACGUGUCAAAGUUCAGGGUAGUUCAAGGUGGUCAUGAGCUGGCGCAGACGAAACCUGCAGAUACUGUAUUUGCACCACGUCAAAGGUCGCAAAGGAAACGACGACCGCCUAGACGUUUUGUCAAUGAAUGA